AAAAGAACUAAUUUUAAUGUUCGGGGUUGUCUACUCCAGAUUUUUUAACAUUGCUCCUAUUGGUUUGUGCUUAAAAUCUACAUACACUCUGACAAUCUACAAGUUUACCACAACACUAUCGAAAUGGUUUUAUCAAAGUUGUACAAUUUUUUAUUUAAACGAACAUCAACGAUGGCAUUAACUAUCAUAGCUGGAGCUUUUGUCUAUGAACGUACAGUUGAUUUAGGUUCAGAUAUGCUUUUUGAGAAUUACAAUAAAGGAAAAUUGUGGAAGGAUAUAGCACAUAAAUACGAAAAGAAUUAAAAAAUAGUUAAAUGUUGAUCCAGAUUAUUUGUACCAUGCACAUCUUUGUAAAUAAAUAAAUAAGUAUUGUGCAUGUAAGAGAGAUUAUUAAAACUUGUAUUCAUCCUUGAA